AUGUUAUGUUUCAACUUUUUUUUUCUAAUACUGCUUCCAUUAAUUAAUUUUGACUUUGGUGAUGCGCAUGCUGGAAUGAAAAAUAAUUCUACAACAGUACCUACUUUAUGUAAUCAAUGCUUGGAGUCCGAUUCGUGUCAAUCGAAUUUGACUUCGGACGUUUAUCAUUGUGAUGAAACAUACUGUAUACCAAAAUCGUUUGUUUGCAACGGCAUACCGGACUGUCUUCAAGCCCAAGAUGAAGCUGUAUCUGAAUGUGGAUGUUUACAAAACGAGUACCGAUGUACGAACAAAUGUAUUGAACUGGUGAAACGAUGUGAUAAGAUUGCUGAUUGCGAUGGGGGAGAAGACGAACAAGAUUGCAGUGAGUAUAUUUUAUACUAA